AUGUCCUUUCUCGGUGGCCCUGAGUGUUCAACCGCGGGUAACCCAUUGACUCAGUUCACAAAACACGUUCAAAAUGACAACUCGCUCCAGAGGGACCGACUUGUCAGGGGCCGAGCCGGGCUUCAAGAUGGGAUGCGAUCAAGGAGUACGAUGAGCAGUCAAGACCCUAUGCUGGAUGACUUCGUGCACCAAACCGACAGAAUACCUCGAAAUUCGAGUCAGGCGUUUACCAUGACACAAAUGCGUCGAGAACUCGAUAAUUUUCAACCCGCUCCAAGGGGCGGAUCACCCAGUUGGGCCGUCGAAUUUGAUCCAGUAGAGCAAGGUAGAAUAGAAGCGGCUUUCCCCAGUCAGCGGAAUUCUACUAUUCAAGCUACUAGAUUUUCGACUUCAGAGUUUACACACUUUUCACAACAGAACGCCGCAAAAACGACCAGCCCUAUGACGCAGAACCCCAUGAUGUCAACAUAUCAGCCCCAAAUGGGCAUGGGCUAUCACGCUUAUAUUCCCGGCGUUAUGGGACCAUCAUACACUCCCAUGACGUUGCAGCAAUUCCCAGCGUCACAAGAAAAGGGAAAGGGGAAAAUGGUAGAGCUAGAUGAAACUAAUUGGGAAGCUCAGUUUGCGGAGAUAGAUGCGGCGGGGCAAAAAUCUCUAGAUGAUGAAGCAACUGCUGCAAUCGAAACAGAGCUUAGCGAUCUAGACAGGUCAGUACCUACACAAACUAGCGAAUUUGGUAAAUUUGAAAGUAUCUGGAGAGGUAUCCAAACUGAGCCCUCGAAAAACAGGCAAAUGAUUGACGAGGAGCUCGGUUUAGAAAAUAUGCACACUGGGGAUUUUGGUGAAUGGGAUAACUUUGAUGGCAGCAUCAAUACGCACGAUUUUAGAGAUCCUCAACUUGGCGACUAUCUCUUUGAGGAAGAAAACAGCUAUCGACUGAAUGACAGCCCUUUUGAAGAAGGAGUUCGAAUGAUGAGAGAAGGUGACAAUCUUUCACUUGCUGUUUUAGCGUUUGAAGCUGCCGUUCAGAGAGACCCCAAACACACUGAAGCCUGGACGAUGCUGGGGUCUGCCCAGGCACAAAACGAGAAAGAGAGCCCUGCCAUUCGGGCCUACGAACAGGCGCUCAAGUUAAACCCAGCCAAUCUAGAUUCUCUUAUGGGCCUUGCAGUGUCUUAUACAAAUGAGGGCUACGACUCCACAGCAUUUCGGACCCUAGAACGAUGGCUAUCAGUAAAAUACCCGCAAAUAAUCAAGCCACAAGAAAUAACUCCAGAUACAGACAUGGGGUUUACAGACCGACAUUUACUGCAACAAAAAGUUACGGAUCUUUAUAUUCGUGCUGCACAGCUUUCACCACAGGGCGAACAUAUGGAUCCGGAUGUACAAGUCGGAUUAGGGGUGCUGUUCUACGGAGCUGAAGAGUAUGAUAAAGCUGUUGAUUGCUUCUCUGCUGCUUUAGCGUCCAACGAAAUGGGUACAUCGAACCAGCGGGAACAGGUUCAUUUAUUAUGGAACCGCCUUGGUGCAACACUUGCCAACUCGGGCAGGUCCGAGGAGGCUAUCGAGGCAUACGAGAAAGCUUUAACGAUCCGCCCUAACUUUGUUCGCGCGCGAUAUAACCUUGGCGUCUCUUGCAUCAAUAUCGGAUGUUACCCCGAGGCUGCGCAACAUCUUCUCGCCGCCCUCGCAAUGCAUCAAGCAGUUGACAAUCGUAUGUCCCCGCCGCUUAUUGAAGUCGGGGAUGGUAUUACAGAUUCCCAUAUUACUCAUAACCAGAGUACCAAUUUAUAUGACACACUACGGCGCGUUUUCAACCAGAUGGGCCGCCGAGAUUUGAGUGAUAGUGUUGUUAACGGGAUGGAUAUAGAAAUUUUUAGAAAAGAAUUUACUUUUUGA